UAUUCUCUAUUGUGGCAGGAGGAGGGCUGGAAACUGAAUCGCAACAACUACUACCAGGAAGGAUGGCUGGCUACAGGCAAUGUGCGCGGCGUCGUUGGCGUCACUUUUACUUCGUCUCACGCGCGCCGUUCGCAGGAUUUGCCACUGCGUACUAAUUAUAACCUGAGAGGGCAUCGUUCUGAUGUGAUUUUAGUGAAAUGGAACGAGCCAUAUCAAAAGCUUGCUUCCUGCGACAGCUCAGGGGUGAUCUUCGUGUGGAUCAAGUACGAGGGGCGCUGGAGCAUCGAGCUCAUCAACGACAGGAGCACCCCUGUCACGCAUUUCUCGUGGUCCCACGAUGGACGAAUGGCUCUCAUUUGCUACCAGGAUGGAUUCGUGCUGGUGGGUUCGGUGGCAGGCCAGCGUUAUUGGUCAUCGAUGCUGUCGUUAGAUGCGCGUAUCACCUGCGGCUGCUGGACACCUGAUGACGGGCAAGUCUACCUCGGGACUGCUUCCGCACAACUUGUCGUUAUGGACGUGCACGGGGCUAUGGUCUCACAGGCCCAAAUAGUAGCAGAAGGUGGAAUCACACAGAUGGCAUGGUCGUGCGAGAAGUUCAAAAUGGAGGAAGGUGAAGAAGCGAUCGAAGGAGGCGUACAUGUGUUAGCAGUAGCGCUGGGAAAUGGUGAACUGGUGAUGAUGCGAGGUCACGAUGAUGUGUCUCCUGUUAGGGUCAAGACUGGAUUAAGAGGCCCUACGCUGAACAUGGAGUGGGCCAAUUCUAGAGAACUUCUCGCUGUUGCUGGGACCCUAUUACCAGAACCGAACGAACCGGCAGACGCAGCUCCAUACAAUAACGUGGUAAAGUUUUAUUCGGACACCGGUGCUCUCAUUUACACUGUACCUAUACCUUACGUGCAGGCAAAAGUGACAGCCCUCACCUGGGGCCAUGCCGGGCGUCGUCUGUUCGUGAGCGUGGGCGGCGCGGUGUGCACAGCACGCGUGUGGCGUGUGGUAGCCCCGCUGCAGCUGCUGGCCCGUGUGCGUGCGGCGCAGGCGCUACGGGACCCUCGGUUGGCUACGCGCUUGCCGUUGCCGCCGAGACUGCAGCCAGCCUUGGCUAACCUCUUCGCUCACACCAUUCGGUGUAACGUUCCCGAAACAAAUGAGCUCCGUCGCUUCGUAUCCCGUCCCCCGUCAGCUAACGGGCGUCUCCACUGCACCAUGCUGCGACACGACGACGAGGAAACUGGUGCCUACACCCUCUAUCUCGAACACCUCGGGGGCUUGGUGCCCUUGUUAAAAGGAAGAAGAACCAGCAAAAUCAGACCGGAAUUUGUCAUCUUUGAUCCUCAAGCGGAAGAAAAUGCAGUAGUGAGUACGUUUACUCGCGAGAGUAGCAGCAGCAGCAGUGGAGCGACCAGCUCGUCCAGCAGCGGGGGCAGCGGGGGCAGCGCGGGCAGCGGGGGCAGCGCGAAGAGUGAGCGGACUUCCUCCCCCCGCGCCCCGCGUACGCCCCGCACGCCGCGCCCCUCCCGCCGUCUACCGCCCUUGCCGCACAACGACUCGUGCUCUUCUGAUACUGAGCGGGAGGAAGGUUGUUCCGGGUCUCCGAGACUCCAGAGACGACGGCGAGCGCGCGAGCGGCGGAAGGUCCGCAGUUCGAGCGAAAAGGACGACCCUGGCGACGAACUUGCUUACAUUGACUCCUUACCUGAGGAUGUCCGCUUAGUAGAAGUUACAUCUAAUAUUUGGGGGACCAAGUUUAAAAUGCACGGUCUCGCGAAGAACGUCCCUGCAAAUCUCGGCCAGGUUACUUACAAGACGUCCUUGCUGCACCUUCAGCCGCGCCAGAUGACACUGAUGAUCACAGAGUUAAGAGACGACUUUCCGGUCGGACCCGAUCCAAACUUUAACCCAAACAUAUUCUCCGAAGACGAAGAAGAAGUUUUCCAAUCCAAUGACACUAAUUCCCCCUCCCACACUAACAACAAUAUACGGAGGAAGUUAACAUUAAACGAAAGAAAGAACAAUGUAAAUAAUAUAAUAAAUCAAAACGAAAACUAUAAUCCAAACAAUAACGCCAACGGACCUUCUUUAGCCCGCGCAGAGUCUUACGACGAGUUCCCUUACAUCGACACUAAUGACGUGAAUAAUGCAACGGAAGCCUACUCUAACCCGGUGAAGCACGCGUCUCACGGUCCCGCUGAACGUAGAGUUAAUAAUCCCUCCUCUGUCUCAAACAGACAUGCCAUAUCGCCAUUACGCUGUGAGAGCUCAGUGCCUACGUUACAGUCCCCUAAGAAUGCUGUUGCACCUACUGAUAUCAUUUUCGAAAGACCUUCGCCGCAAACCGUCACCUGCGGCGGCAGGGGAGACUUCUGUGGAGGUAGAACCGACUAUAGUGUUCGAAGUGACAAUGCAUCUUUGAAAGGCAAUCUGUCGGAGCAGCAGUCGUUCAGUUUAAAUCUUUCUUUAGAGCCCAGUAGACAAGUAACGAUUAAGAAAUUUGACAAUAAUGUCACGGAUACUUGCAUGUCAAAGUUGCGCAGAAACAUUUGCAAAGAUCCCAUCACCGCUAUUAACGCCGCCGCGGCGUCGUUCGACGCCAGGGUUUUAAAAAUGUGUCAAAGGUAUUACGACAGGGAGCUGCACCCGGACGCGGCGGCUAGAAAAGAGAUGGCGGAGACGCUAAAGAAUUUGCAACAGAAGGGAGACGAUCUCAAGUUUAUAGACGAGGAGACUCCCGUCGACACGACCAUCAACAACUUAACCGACAGAGUCAAGGAAGUGCGAGUGCAGCGGACCACGACGGUGGUGCCGAUCAGCCCGGUGUGCGCCAACGUGCCGGUGUACGACACGAUGACGCGCAGCUGCAGCGUCGGGUACCUGGACCUGGUGGACCCGCACGCCCCCUACGCGCACGUCAGCCUGACGGCGCUGCGAGGCGAGCCGCCGCGGCGCCUGGUCCUCGUCAACAACAAGCGGCAGAGGAGACCCCGGAGGCACUUCCGGACGCACGACGCGAGGCAGGCGGACGCGGCGAAGACGCCGAGCCUCAAGAAGUGCGGGAAGUCCAGGAGCCUGGACUCGAGCGAGAUGGCGCUGACCGUGGAGAGGAGCAGGCGGCAGGCGAAGGCCGAGGCGGGCGCGGGCGGCGAGGCCGCGGCGGCGCUCUGCGGCAGCCGGCCCGGCGCGGGCGACGACGCGGCCGGCGCCGGCGCCGAGCGUUAA